CGUGGGCGUGGCUACAGAGAUAAUGGGCGGAGGGGGCAGCAAGCAAGCACAGUUGGAGCGAUACGGACACCUUCUCUCUCCUCGAGAGAGACAUGCGGUGGAGACCACUUUCACCGACAUAGCUGGCUCACCCGACGCCUCCUUCCUCACUCAGCAGCAGCUAAAUGCCUACCUGACAGGGCUCCUGUACCCUCCCUCCACCACUGACAGAGUGUCCAGAGGGAUAUUUCUGGCUCUAGGGGGAGGAGACAAAGCUGGGGUUGAUUUCCCAAACUUCAUCCAGUUCGCCAGUCAGUUAUUGCGAGGUUCUCUCACUCAGCGCAGCCAAAGGCUCCAUAUUCUUACCUCUGGUCAUCUGGACCUGUUGAGAGAGACUCUUCAGGCUCUGCUGGCAAACCUCUGUGACUCUUCCUCCCCCACCUCACCCUGGGUUCUUUCUUCUCCACAAUGCCUGGCGUCGUUGGUCGACUUUCUGACGAAGCCGCUGGGUGAUGUGGGUGUGGCUGGUGGGCGGAGUCUCACAGUCGGAGAAGUGGAGUCGUGGCUGGCGUCGUCGGUGGCUGUGGAGAGGAUUCUGGAUGUGGCGUUUGGGACUUGUUUCUACAAUAGAACUCUGACCUCUUCAGAAGAUGCACCUCCUGAAAUUGCUGCCCACGUAGGCCACCCAGUGAGGGUGGACGAGGAGGAGGGAGGGGGAAAACUAGACACACAGAGGGUGUUAGUUCCCCUCCUCAUCCCCCACGCCACACAGCGAGACCCCUCCCCCUCCUCUUCUCUCCUCUCUGCCGCAGCUCUCCUGAUGAUUAACUCUUUCCUCCCUGCGGAGAUCAGGGGACAGCUAUACCCACUGUUCUUGAGCAGCCAGCACGGGAAGAGCUUCUCGACUCUCUGCAAGGGAUUGGUGGGGAGUGGACCAUGUCUCCUGGUUGUUAGAGACUAUGGCGGACAUGUUUUUGGAGGAUUUGCCGCAGUCUCCUGGCAGUUUGGACCUCAGUUUACUGGAAGUAGUGAAUGUUUCCUGUUCUCUCUCCACCCAAAUAUGGCUGUGUACACGGUGACUGGCUAUAAUGACCACUACAUGUACCUCCAGCAGACCGCACAGACCAUGCCCAAUGGACUGGGUAUGGGAGGGCAGUUGGAGUACUGCGGACUGUGGCUGAGUGCAGAGUUCGACAGUGGACACAGCAAAGGUCGACCUCACUGCACCACCUACGGCAGUCCUUCUCUCUCCUCUAGCGAGGAAUUUUCAGUGGACACUGUGGAGGUGUGGCAUGUCGGAUCUCCUCCACCUCCACCUGAACAGAGUGAUGGAGCUGGGCAGAGUAUUCUGGACAAAGACAAGGUGGCAGGGCAUAUUCUGGAGAUGGCAGGGAAGACGAGGCACAGCGAGGGGCUCAGGGAACCACCUCCUGAUGACAAUUAGACUAUAUAUGAGUUUUAUCAAGACUGUGUGUUGAUUUUGUAAUAUGCCCUCCAUUUCUGUAAAGAAACAUUAUGCUAUUGGCUUCGUAAGUAUUCAAUACAGAAGUGUGAUUUAGAGAGCUGAUCAGUAAUAGAUGAUAGAGGAGUGGGAAGAACAAAGCUUCAAAUGUUACAGCAUUACAGUCAGUCAUGAUGAUGAUCUUAAGCAGCAGAUAUUCUGUGUGUGGAGCGCAAGGUUCAGCUAGUGUGUCCAUUGAAUGAGAUGAUGAGUCUUUUUGCCGACUCUGAAGACAGUCAGGUUGCCAGGCAACAUGUGGAGCGAGGGAAGGAAUGUCUCAUUCUCCGCCACUCUGUCUCCAUUCACAUACAGCCCUCCAGUAGACAGCAGCUGAUG